ACUUACCUUGUUGGAGGAGCAGUGUAUUCAUUUUGGCAUUGUGCAGAGCAAAGCAAACCUGGAGGACUUCUCCAUCCCUGAAAAUGGUAAUGAUCUCUGCAGUCAACCUUGUGAUCCUUUUGUCCCUUCUCUGUGAAGCACGCACUAUCGUCUUACUAAAUUUCACUGACUCAUCUCUGCCAGCCAAUAACUUCUCUGAUAUUGAAGCCACCCUCAGCGUACCAGUACUGUCUGUGGAUAUCCCCAAAGCCAGGCGGAAGCGCUACAUUUCUCAGAAUGACAUGAUCGCCAUUCUUGAUUACCAUAAUCAAGUUCGGGGCAAAGUGUUCCCACCAGCAGCAAACAUGGAAUAUAUGGUCUGGGAUGAAAAUCUUGCAAAAUCAGCUGAGGCAUGGGCAGCAACUUGCAUUUGGGACCAUGGACCUUCUUACUUGCUGAGAUUUUUGGGUCAGAAUUUGUCUGUACGAACUGGAAGAUAUCGCUCUAUUCUCCAGUUGGUCAAACCAUGGUAUGAUGAAGUGAAAGAUUAUGCCUUUCCUUACCCUCAGGACUGCAACCCUCGGUGUCCUAUGCGCUGCUUUGGGCCCAUGUGCACUCAUUAUACACAGAUGGUUUGGGCCACUUCUAAUCGAAUAGGAUGUGCAAUUCACACCUGUCAAAACAUGAAUGUCUGGGGAUCUGUGUGGCGACGAGCAGUGUAUUUGGUCUGCAACUAUGCUCCAAAGGGCAACUGGAUUGGAGAAGCACCGUACAAAGUUGGAGUGCCAUGUUCAUCUUGUCCCCCGAGUUAUGGUGGAGCCUGUACUGACAAUCUGUGCUUUCCAGGGGUAACAACAAACUACCUGUACUGGUUUAAAUAAGCUUUUCUUUUUCCCCUCAGAGGGAAUACAUUGGUUAGUGGAGAUAUAUAUAUAUAUAUAUAUAUAUAUAUAUAUAUAUAUAUAUAUGUGUGUGUGUGUGUGUGUGUGUGUGUGUGUGUGUAUUGAGUUUGAACAUGUUAUAUUUGCUUUAGUGUAAUCCUGUUUUCAUUUUAAUUAUCAAGUUUCUAGUGUUUGUCUAGAGUGUUAAUUCUUAGAUUCAAGCAAAACAUCAUUUUCUACUUUUGACCUUCAAUUUAAAUUAAUUACUGUAUUUGUAGUGAUGACACAGUUGUUGCAUCCAAUCCCAGGACCUACAAUCCAGAGAAUUAUGUUAUUAUGACCCCAAAGAAUGCAAUGUAUAUUCGAGCUAUAAUAUAUGUAUAUUAUAUGUAUACACAUGUAUAGAUAUGCUCACAUGUAUGAUGUAUGAUGUGACACAUAGGUAAUAACAUGAUAUGGUAGUUAACAGGGGAAAAUUAAUAAUAUAUUUGAGAUUAUA